CUUUAUAUUAAAUGGGAAAAGAAUGGGUUGAAAGUUGAAUCAAUGGAGAAAUUACGAAAAGUGGUAAACGAGAUAGCAUAUAAGAAGAAUCUCAGUAAACUAUCUCCUCUUCGUUUCUCUCUUCUCCCUUUCCUUUCCGUUUCAUCGUCUUUCUACAAACUCGCUCUCUCAAUUCGCCGCCGUUUCUUUCUUUCUCAAGUUCAUCGUUUGCCACUUCCUGUUAUCAGCGUCGGAAAUUUAACAUGGGGAGGUAAUGGCAAGACGCCAAUGGUUGAGUUCAUUGCUGCCUUCUUUGCUCGUUCCGGAAUUUCACCUCUUGUUCUUUCUAGGGGUUAUGGUGGUGGUGAUGAAGUUAACAUGCUUCAGAGGCAUUUACUUGGAACAUCAACUAAGUUUGGUGUUGGCGCGAAACGAGCUGUUGUUGCUAGUCAUUUGAUCCAAAAAUAUGGCUACAUUGAUAUUCGCAAGACUUCAUUGUAUGAGAAACAAAACCUUAACUGGAAGGCCCAUAAUUCUCUUGAUUCAGAAAAGAUUGGGAUUGUAGUUCUUGAUGAUGCAAUGCAGCAUUGGAGCUUAUGGCGAGAUUUGGAUAUUGUGAUGGUCAAUGGAUUAACUCUUUGGGGUAACGGCCGACUACUGCCACUUGGACCUUUAAGAGAGCCUUUGACUGCACUCAGACGAGCCAAUGUAGUUGUAAUCCAUCAUUCAGACUUGGUUUCUGACCGUGUUCUCGAAGAUAUUGAGUCUAUGGUCCAAGGAAUUAAAAAGUCUGUUCCUAUUUUCUUCACAAAAAUGGAUCCAACUUACCUAUUUGAGGUGGGAAACAUCAAUGCUAAAAUAUUGUUGACAGCUCUUCAUGAAGCUACUAUUUUAUGCGUUUCCGCUAUUGGUUCUCCGGAACCUUUUGUGAAGCGGGUUCAAGAGAUGGGAGCACUGUAUGUUGAUCGAAUAGAUUUCAGCGAUCAUCACAAAUUCCAUGCCAGGGAUAUUGGUACGAUCAGAGCCAGACUUGGAGAACUAGAGAGGAAGUUUGGUUUCAAACCAAUUGUUGUAAUAACUGAGAAGGAUUAUGAUAGGGACCCUGAAAUUCUUAAGCAACUUUAUCCAUUUAAAACUUAUGUUCUGUGUUCUACAUUGAAGAUUUUGCCCUAUAGAGGAAACAAUGAAGAUAGCUUUAAGAAAUUUCUUAAGGACAAGUUGAAAUUAGAAUUGCCUGCAGCGGAUUAAUUGCUUGCCAAUCCCUCUGUUUUGCAAAAUGGUUGUAUUUUUCCGGUAGAAACCGGAUAACCCGUGCAACUACAGAGACUAAUCUCAAGCCGGAGAGGACCACAAUGGACGACAAACCUCUUCUCAAGAGAAUUUAACACAACUUCAUGUCUAGGGCUUCGUUUCGAACUCUGGACUUCUGGUUAAACUUUAAGAGAUCCCAUAUCAAUUCAUCCAAGUGUUCUUGAGUUAAGAGUUUACUAGUACAUUCUAAGGAGACAAGUUUUUUGAAAUAUCUAUUCUCUUAUAGGAACCAUUAAUUAUAGAGUUUGAUUGGGGACAAUCUAUUUUGGAACAACCCAUUUUAAACUAACUUUUCAACAUAAAAUCAACUUAAUUUUCCUUCUA